AUGUCCUGGGCCGCUCGGAGAGAAACGACUAGGGUCGAAGAUAUUGCAUACUGUCUUAUGGGUUUCUUUAACGUAAGCAUACCGUUAUUGUACGGAGAAGGUAAGAAAGCUUUUCAACAACUACAACUCGAGAUCAUCAAGUCAUGCGACGACGAAUCCUUCUUGACGUGGGAUAGGGCCAACAUAGAACCUGAGAUACUGGCUCCCUCUCCCAGAAACUUCAUUUCAUCUGGCGAUAUAAAGUUCUCAAGGAGCAUGACUGGAUCUCAAAGUUUUUCUUGCGGACGCACAACGCCAUACACGAUGACCAACAAAGGUCUGCAUAUGUCCUUAUUCCUCAUACCAUAUGGAGCACUUAGGGUAGAGUUCCCCUAUGCUCGCUGGUCUCCAUGCAAGGCGUAUUUCGCGUUGUUCCACACGCUGUGCAACACCGCGGGUGCGAGUCCAUUGAUGCUGGUCGGCAAAAACGAACAGCCAAUGGGUGACUUCCCUGGUGGCAGCGAUUGGUCCAUUUUCCCAAUCUCCGUUUUCGCCAACAUGUAUUUAGCUCAAGAUCGAUGUCUGGACUUCAUGAAUCGAUCCUCAGUUAUGCAAAAUAACCAACAUGAUGACGGACAUCCCGCGCUCAGACAGAUAUACCUACAACGAAUCCCUGUCCCCCGGUAUAUGUUAGGCUAUACUCCCUGGAGAAUGGAUUUUGACAUCUUACUAAAGGCCAUGACCAUCCUACUCGAAGACUUUGACAUCUACCGUCUUGAAUUUGAUGUCCGCGGUCAUGUUCAUAUAGUCCACCUUGAGAGCGCCAUUAUUAAAGUCCCUUGUGACCGUGCCUUUGCUUUCUGCUUUAUGGAGAAGAAAACGGGGAUAGCGAUCCUGUUGGUUGUGACCGGCUGGUUCACUGGUCCAAAGAUGACCAUAUUAAUAUCACCAACAACUUCUCAAUCCACCCUUGGGAAUGUUCUCGAUUUACUUCAACAGCUCAUGGAAGUGGAUCGUCGCUCUACACUUGGAGAUCAUCUCUCAGCGCUGGAAGAUCGUCUGUCGUGUUCAUUGGGGAACGACACAUCCAUCUCGGCUUCGAUACGGCGUGUUGGAGGUAGUAGCGAAUAUGAUUACGUUUUAGAUGUGACACUCGAUCCAAGAGGUGCUUUGCGUCGGCCGCUUUCGGCAAGACUUCAAGACUGCAAUGCAUAUCUCCUUGGAGAACUUAUUAGAUUGGCAUAUAUCAGUAACUGA